AUGCUCGAGCAGGUCAUACAAGUAGGAAACAAUCCAGUCCUCAUUGUUGAGAAUAACACGAAUUUGGAGGAAAUAGACAAUUUGCUGGAUAUAGACUAUGUGAUUCAAGCCGCUGAUAGAAAUGCUGUUCGAUUUGAGAAAAAUCCAAAGCUUUGCAUCGACAAAAACCAUGCCGGUGAUCCGUUCGUACUUACCUAUUUGAAGAAUGUAAAACGAUGCGCGAGAGAGGGUAAAGCGGAGAAUCCGACUAGUUUUGAAGAGAAGAGGCCGAUUGGUUUUGAAUCGGAGAAGGCUCCUAAUCGAGGUGUCAGAGAGCUACCAAAUGAACAAGAGGAUGAGGGAGAUGAUUCAGAAGAUGGUGGUGCGGAUAACUUAGAAGGAUCACAAGAAGGUACACAAGGCGGGGGAGAAGGUAAAGGAAAGGAGGGAACUAGCGGUGAUGGAAAACAAGAAGAGGAAGGUGGUUCAAAACCAGACCCGAAUACAGAAGAAGGUUCGACUACAUUAAAAGGGGAGGAGAAUGGCGAUAAAAAGGAGAAUGGUGAUAAAAAGGAGGAGAAUGGUGAUAAAAAGGAGGAGAAUGGUAAUAAAAAGGAGGACAAAAAGAACACAGCAAAUGACAUAUUGGGUACAAUUGUAUGGUGGCUAAUGACAAUGAUGUGCAAUCUGUUGAUGUCGUUCAAUGAGUUUUAG